ACCACAGAUAGCAGAAAGGAAAAGCCAGAAGGAGAGAGGAAAGGAGAGGGCUCGGCCGCUCCUGGAGGAGGAACAGGAGUGAGGCUGGGAGGAGGACAGAAAGUGUGUCUAAAGCGGAGUCAAGAAAGAACAACAACCAAACUACCCUCAAAGCACAUUUUAACAACUCUGGCAACCCAAGAAACAGGCUACGUUUAAAGAACGUAGAGACAAUGAAAAGCUAAAGAAAAAAUUGCAGUUUCUGCUACAGUCUCAUAGGUGCUUGGAAAUGAAAGUACAACUUGCCUGUCUUUAACGGACUCUGACAGGGGUAACUGGAUUAGGGACGGGCACGCCAGUUUUUUUUUUUUUUUUUUUAAAUCUUAAAUCCUGAAAAAAAAAAAAAAAAGGCAGCAGCUCGGAAUUGAAUGAAUUGAUGGGCACACUCCAACUGCUGGGCUGGAGAGACUGAACUUGGUCUUGCCAUUUCGCUUCUUUGAAAAAAGGAGACAGCUUGGGCUUCCUUUUAAUUUAGUUUUUCUACUUCUCCCCCACCUCCCAACCUUCCCCCCUUACCUUCCCCACCCCCUCUACCACCUCCCCCCUUUUAAAUAAGAGGGUGCAGGGGAACCGGAGCACACACGGGGACUGACUCAGGAGGCAGAGAAGAUGGGCAUCCUUAGCGUAGACCUGCUGAUCACACUGCAAAUUCUGCCAGUUUUCUUCUCCAACUGCCUCUUCCUGGCGCUCUAUGACUCGGUCAUUCUGCUCAAGCACGUGGUGCUGCUCUUGAGUCGCUCCAAGUCCACCCGCGGAGAGUGGCGGCGCAUGCUGACCUCAGAGGGACUACGCUGUGUGUGGAAGAGCUUCCUCCUUGACGCCUACAAACAGGUAAAAUUGGGUGAGGAUGCCCCCAAUUCCAGUGUGGUGUGUGUCUCCAGGCCUGAAGGAGGUGACAGUAGCGGGAACGGGGCUCAGGACAAGACGGCUGACGGAGCGGAAUGCCACCUCCUUGACUUUGCCAGCUCCGAGCGCCCACUGGUGGUCAACUUCGGCUCAGCCACUUGACCUCCUUUUACCAGCCAGCUCCCAGCCUUCAGCAAACUGGUGGAAGAAUUCUCGUCGGUGGCGGACUUCCUGUUGGUCUACAUUGAUGAGGCACAUCCUUCAGACGGCUGGGCAGUGCCUGGGGACUCCUCGUUAUCUUUUGAGGUGAAGAAGCAUCGGAACCAGGAAGAGCGAUGUGCAGCAGCCCACCAGCUCCUGGAGCGUUUCUCCUUGCCGCCCCAGUGCCGGGUUGUGGCUGACCGCAUGGACAAUAACGCCAACGUAGCCUAUGGGGUAGCCUUUGAACGCGUGUGCAUCGUAGAGAGACAGAAAAUUGCUUAUCUGGGAGGAAAGGGCCCCUUCUGCUAUAAUCUCCAAGAAGUCCGGCGUUGGCUGGAGAAGAAUUUCAGCAAGAGAUGAAUCUAGAUUAGCUGGCUAAAGGUAUGAUGAUAAUAGAGCUUCUUAUUUAAUA